AUGGCAUCACCUGUUGCCCCCGCCCCGCCCCGACCAACACUGCCUGUCACACAUUUGUACCUUUAUUUGUACCACAAGUACUCAAGUUUAUCGCACUUCAGGUCAGUGGUUGCACCAGUUGCCGUGGUGCUGUCAAACAUCGAUGAGGAAAAGCGAUGUAAGGAACCGAUACCAGACAUAGACGGGGCAAAUCUUGAGGAUCUCAUAAGAAACAUAGAUGGAGAAACUGGCGAUUCAAUUGGAAAUGACAUAACUGGAAAUGAGGACACAAAGGAGAACUGCCACGCUGAACAGAUCUUAGACACUGCAGCUUCUAGUGCAUGUCUGGGAGAUUCUGAUCAGGUUGCAAGUGCCAAGUUGUAUAACUCCGCCUCGAUAAGUGUUUCUGUAGAAGAUGAUUAUAAUCAGUGUGGCGGAUUUCAUUCCUACAGUUUAAACUCUGGUAUGUCAGAGUUAGUCCCUGCAUAUGAUACACUGGAUGAAAUACAAGCACAGUCAUUGCGUGCUCCAGAAGUUGAGCCACAGAACAAAGAAGAUGAUGAUAUAAUCGACAACUCAAGAUAUGUACUUCCAUAUUCCCACAGUCCUGCACGCCGCCGUCACAACCGUGUUAACGUGAUUAGAGCAAAUGAAGAACCAGGAUCUGACUAUGAACUUAUGAUAACCUUGGUUAUUGUAAUGAUACUUCUAGGAUGUAUUUUCAUUUGGAUCCUCACUUUGACUUUCAAUGUACGACCAUAUCAAGUGUACAAAAGUAAAAACGCAUAAGCUUUUACUUAACGUAACGGUUUUACAUUUAUAUGCAGUUUAAAUUGAUAGUUAAUUGAAUACAUAAUUGUAUAUUAAGAAGGUUAUGUUCUUUAUGUUCCUUUAUAUUUUGAUAGUUGCUUUUUAACAAAGUUUAAAUAUCAUUAAGAGCUCUUUAAGAAGCUGUCACAUGGUGCUACUUAAACAUUUCUUGAAACACUAUCUUCACUGUAUUGAAUUGUGAAUUGCCUUUGUUUUUUCUAUAUCGUGGUCGCAUGCUGUACGAGAACACAAACUUAUCCAACCCACAAGUUAUGCUGUAUGACUGGCAUAAUGUAUGUUCAACAAAACUUAAGAUAGAGUUAUCUAUACUUUAAGAAGCUGUGACAUGGUGCUACUUAAACAUUUAUUGAAACACUAUCUUCACUGUAUUGAAUUGCCUUGGUGUUUUCUAUAUCGUGGUCGCAUGCUGUACGAGAACACAAACUUAUCCAACCCACAAGUUAUGCUGUAUGACUGGCAUAAUGUAUGUUCAACAAAACUUAAGAUUCAGUUAUAUAUAGUUUACAACUGAAAGAAAUGUUAUUUAUUAUUUUACCGAUGUUAAAGUAUAAUAUAUCAACCUGGAUAGUUUAUAAAAUUUUCUUAAAUUUAUUAUAUAUAAAAAAUAGUUAAAAUUAGGUUUUCGUUUUAAAAUAACAGCAAAUCAAUGUUAAAAUGAAAAGAUCCUCGUAAAUAUGAAAUCAGUGAAAUAGUUAAAAACAGUGUCAAAAUGAAUAAGACCUAGUAAAUAUGAAACGUGUAAUCAGUGAAAUCGUUGCUCUUUAACUCAGACUUACAACACUUUUUUGUCAGCAACUCUUCAUUUCUUCAUUAAGAAUGGGUCCAUCGGGAUUUCUGCCUGUAUGAAUGUAGAUAUUUUGAAAGACUAGUA